AUGGCACAAGAUUUUGUCCAACAAUUUCAAUACAAUAUCGAUAUUAUUCCCGAUCGCAAUUCCCUGGCUAAUAUGAAAAAGAAGCCAUCAGAAAGUUUUAGGGAAUAUGCCAUAAGAUGGAGGGAGCAGGCGGCUAGAGUCAAACCGCCGAUGAAAGACUAUGAGUUAAUUGAUGUUUUUCUCCAAGCUCAAGAACCUGACUACUUUCAUUAUCUUCUCUCCGCAAUGGGCAAGCCUUUCGCCGAAGCGAUUAAGAUCGGAGAAAUGGUAGAGAAUGGCAUAAAGUCGGGUAAGAUUGUGAGUCAAGAAGCCAUUAGAGCUACCACACAAGUAAUACAAAGUGGAUCCGGUAAUUUUACCAAUCGAAAAAAGAAGGAGGAAGGGUCCAUGGCGGCAUCUGGAUCAAGAGAUGUUCAAAUAGGCAUGAACAAUCCUUAUUGUCAAGUCCAACAAGAACAAUAUAAUUCUCCUCGGCAUUAUUACCCGUUCCAAUAUGCAGUUCUCAAUACUCAGGCAUAUGUCCGGCCUCCUUCGCGCCAACAAUGGCAGGGGCCUGCCCCACAAGUUUCUUACCCACAACAACAAAAUUUCCAGGCGCCAUACAAUCCACGUCCCCGGACAAACUAUACGAGAGAACAAGGUCAAAAAGAAAAUUUUACCCCAAUUGGGGAAUCGUAUACGAAUUUGUUACAGAAAUUGAUACAAUUGAGACUAGUUGAACCUGUCAAUCCGUACGUUGUCAAUCCAAAUGCAAGAGGUUUUGAUCCGACUGUUAUAUGUCAAUAUCAUGCCAACGCUCCAGGUCAUAGCACAGAGAAUUGUUGGACCCUAAAAAGAGUCAUUGAGAAGUUAAUUGAGGAUAAGGUAAUCGAGGUACGCAAUGAGGACACACCGAAUGUCACCAAUAACCCACUCCCUGCUCAUAAUAAUGAGCGUGUUGUGGGGAUGGUUGGCAUUUUUGAAGAUUAUGAGCAAACAAGUAGAACAAAAUUGGAAAGCAAGGUUUCAAGAAAAGAGUCUAGUAUAGUUUUAGAACCUAUAAAAAGGGCACUAAUAAUUGAUAAAGGUGCGCGUUCGAAUUUUGGGAACUCGAAGAAGCUAGUGUUGUAUGUCCCUGAGUCUAUAAAAGGAGGAGACGUACCGUUGAAUGGACCAAAAUGCUACAUUCCUGGUAAAUUUUCAACGUUUGAUCAAAAUCAAAAAGGUAUGAAAGAUCCAGUUGUGAUACAAAUUGCAGCACAACUUCCUAUCACAAACACCAAGGCCGUUCCGUGGAACUACAACAAAGUCAUCGUUACUCACCAGGGAAAGGAGAUUGUUGAAGAAACAAAUGAAACAAGAGGCUUAACUCGUUCCGGAAGAUGUUAUGCUCCGGAAGAAUUAAGGAGGGACAAACAAAUCAAAGAAAAUCAGUUGCCGAUGUAA